AAUAAUGAUUUAUUUAAUAUUUUAACUUCUCCAGUUUCUACAAAUCAACAAAUAACUUCUUCUUCUUCAUUAAAUCAAUCAAUUCAACAACAACAACUCUCUAAUCAACCUAAUGAUGUAUUUGAUUUUGGUGGAUCUGAUAUAAAUCAAAUUCAACAACAACCUAAAGAAGAAAUAAAUAUUAAACCAAGUGAAAAUACAGAAAAAUAUGAUGGAUGUGUAUGUCAUAAUAUUAAAGAACAAAUGGAAAAUAUUAUGAUAAAUAAUCAUAACAAAUUAAUUUUAGCAUUUGAAGGAGUAUUAUAUCAAGAUGAUACUAUCCAAAUUGGACUUAAAAGUGCAUUAGAAUCACCAAUGUGUAAAUUUGCAUUAUUCUUUGGAAAUAGAAUUUCAGAAGAAGUUGAAUUAAAUUAUAUCAUUGAAUGUCCAAAUGGAUUAACAUGUAAUUCUGGUGAAUAUAAUGGAAAAAUUGGAAUUAAAAGUCAAAUUCAAUCUAUUGCUCAAUUUACAAUCUCUGGAUUUUAUUAUCAAUCCCCAAUAAUUAAUAUCACAUAUAAAUCAAGUUCAAUUAAAAAUAAAAUUGCAUUCUCACUCCCAUUAACUGUAAAUGCAUUCCUUGUUCAAGAACCAUUAGAACCAAAUAUUUUUAUGCAAUAUUGGAAUACUAUUGGUAAUACCACUGAAAAGAAAAGUAUUGUUCAAAUGAAACAAAACAAUACGAUUGAUUUACCAACAAUUCUUGGUGGAAUGAGAUUUAUUUGUUUAGAUGUGAAACCUGAACAAAUUGUUGCUUGUUCUUCAUUCCCUUCUUUCCAAAAUAUUUAUGUCUUAUUGAGAAUUGAAAUUAAUAUUGCUUCAAAUAAGGCGUGCAUUUAUGUCAGAGCUCAAGACCCUUCCCUUGCCAAAGUGAUUCAUAAUUUAUUAUGUUAUGAAAUUGCUGCUUAA